GUCUUCAACUUCAAAUUUUAAACGCAGAACAAGAAAAAAAAAACCAAACAAAAGAGCUUUAAAUUUUUUGUUUACAAACAAAAAUGGGGGAUUGCAGGCCAUUGGGGUUCUUAUUAGGACUCCCAUUCGCUCUCAUCGCACUGGUUUUAUCCGUCGUCGGCGCCGUCAUUUGGGUUCUCGGGACUAUAUUGAGUUGUCUUUGCCCAUGCUGUAUUUGUUGUGCUGGACUUGCCAAUUUCGCAGUGAGUCUCAUCAAGCUUCCUAUUAAAGUUCUUAGAUGGUUCAUUGAUCAAAUCCCAUGUUGAUUUUAGUUCAAAGAUCAUGUUCUUCAAUUUUUUUUUAAAAUUUUUUUCUUUGAUCUUAGAGAAAGUUGUGCUGAUUUUAAUUUGAUUUUUUAGUUUAUUAUUUUGAUUGUUUAGAUGAUUGAUUUAUGAAUGUGGCAUUGAUGUUGGAUGGUUUACAGAGUUUAAGCAUUUGAUUCUUGAUUUUGGGUGCUUUCUCUUUUGUACAUUCUAAGAUGCUUUUGAACUUCUUUUUAUGGAUAAUUUAUUAUUAUUUUUGUUCUUUUAUGUGCUAAAA